GAGCUCCGACAACUUCACGAUUUGGUUCCUUGAGAAUGGAGGAAAUAUGCAGAGUUUGCAUGGGAACGUCCGGAGAAUUCAGGAACAUUUUUGACGAAAGACCAACAAUGGAUACGUGCAUUGGUGACAUGAUAUCGCAGUGCACAGGGUACGUGGUUAAGAGAGGAGAUUCGCUACCAGAAAACAUAUGUCCGCCUUGCCUGGAGGAUGCUAUGAGUGCCUUCAAUCUUAAGUCCACCUACGAGCAGAGCCAUAAACUCUUUUUCUCGCUGAUAGACGAGGACAAGGAACAAGACGAGGAUUCGCUACAGUCAGAUGACAGAACUGAGCAAUCGAAACAGCAAGAUGAUAGCAAUAACAGUGAUAAUUGUAAACGAGUCUUCAAAUGCUCCGUCUGUCCAAAAUCCUUUCAAAGAAAAUACCACCUCAGUGAACACAGCCAUAGCCACACUGGGGAGCGACCGUACACGUGUCCACACUGCGCGAAGUCAUUCUCUCAAUCCAGAAUUCUUCGGAAUCACAUCCGUACUCACACAGAUGAGCGAUCAUUCUACUGCGCCCACUGUUCGAAGUCAUUUAAACUGAAAGGCCAGCUAAUCGUACACAGCCGUACUCACACGGGGGAGCGACCGUAUAAAUGUUCUAAAUGCGCGGUGUCGUUUAAACAGCUCGCCCAUCUUAGGUCACACUUACUCUCCCACACAGGAGAAAGACCCCACAAAUGCUCCCACUGCCCAAAAACCUUCACACAAGUACGCAGCCUUAAUAUGCACAUCCGUACGCACACGGGAGCACACAGGAGAACGACCCUACCAAUGCUAUCACUGCUCAAAAACCUUCACGCAGGAAUCCACUUUUAAAAAACACAUUCGUACGCAACACGGGACGAUUCCACCACUGCUCAAUGUCAAUUAAAAUGACUCAAAGUACACUCCGCACUCAUACGGGGGAGCGUCCUUAUAAGUGCUACCAUUGUUCAAAGACUUUUGGAUACCAAAGACACCUAUGUAUGUCUUUCUCAUCGCUUCGAGAACACAUCAGUAAGAACUCUGGAAGAUACGAUUGCUCCUAGUGGAGAACAUCUUUAAGUUAAAUUAUUUCCGCUAUCCUUUCUACUGUAACUUUUAAAUCAUUUAGGCCCGGUUACUCGACUUAGGUUAAUCGUCGUUAGAAUAAAGACUAGACUACCACAUAAAC